GUGCACUAGUGGCGGGAUCCAUCAAGGCAGUUAGGACAGGAUAUUUGCAACAAGACAGUCUGUUGUUUGGGCGUAAAUUGCAGAUGGGUUGGACUUUUUUACAGCCCAAGAGGACAGGACUGAGCUAUACAUACAACACUGUUAUAGAUACAACAACAAGCGAUGUAACGGAUGGAACGCUGAAGGGGGAACAGCAGGCAAUGAUAGGAGGGGGUGAGUUGUAAUAGAUGAAAGAGGGGGACGGGCAGCGUGUUCUUGUUCUUGUAAAAUUACCCAAAAGAAAUUCGUUCGGUUCGGGAAAUGUGGAAAAUGUGCGCGAGCUGUGAGAAACAACCCCGAAAAUGAAGCGACAAUGAAAACGGGAAGAGAGGACUUGCCAUCGACAAAUAAAUAUCAUUCAUGGAAGCUGAAAAAUAAAACAGUAAAUAAAUAAAAAAAAAAGCAACGAUAAAACGUAAUAAAGAAAGUGUGAGAAUCGGAAUCAAAUGAAAUCAGAAUUUGGAUUGUAAAUUUACGCCGUCGCUGGCUGUCUGCCGCCUAAGAGAGAUAAACACAAAGAGAGAGAUAAAUACAGAAAUAAAAUUAAUGGAAAAGCAUAGCUGGCUAGACAUAUGUAGGAGUAUAUAUGUACAUACAUAUAUGUAUAUGUUUUAAUGGUUGUGCGUGUGUAUUGUGUGUGAAGUGAGUGAGUGCUUAUCUCGGGAGGGAAAUGUGAAUGGAAUUGGAGCACAGACGAAGAAUAAUUUCGGAAGAUAAAAACCGAAUCGAAUCGAAAGGCUACACACACAGCUAAAAUGGUUGUCGCCAGCUCUCGCAUCAUCUACUACGCAAUAUAAGUACUCUCCACGCACUGUCGCUGUCACCGAAUAUCCUAUGCAUCGACCACAUCGUCUCAGCAUCGCCAUCACCCGGAGCACGAGCACUAACUCUCCUCAUCCAACAUCAUCCAGCAUAACCCUGUGGGGCAGCAGGGGGAGUAGGAUGAUACUUCUUCUGCUGCUGCUCGGCCUGGUGACGCCGCCGGCAGCCAUAGCCCAAUAUCAGUCGCCACGCAUUAUCGAACAUCCCACCGAUCUGGUGGUGAAGAAGAAUGAGCCAGCGACGUUCAACUGCAAGGUGGAGGGCAAGCCCGAGCCCACCAUCGAGUGGUUCAAGGACGGCGAACCCGUCAGCACCAAUGAGAAGAAGUCGCAUCGCGUCCAGUUCAAUGAUGGCGCCCUGUUUUUCUACCGCACGAUGCAGGGCAAGAAGGAGCAGGACGGCGGCGAGUACUGGUGUGUGGCCAAGAACCGUGUGGGCCAGGCCGUUAGUCGACAUGCCUCGCUCCAAAUAGCUGUGCUGCGCGACGAUUUUCGCGUGGAGCCCAAAGACACGCGCGUGGCCAAAGGCGAGACAGCUCUGCUCGAGUGUGGGCCGCCCAAAGGCAUUCCAGAGCCAACUCUCAUUUGGAUGAAGGAUGGCGUGCCCUUGGAUGACCUGAAAGCCAUGUCGUUCGGUGCCAGCUCUCGCGUGAGGAUUGUCGAUGGUGGCAAUCUGCUAAUCAGCAAUGUGGAGCCCAUCGAUGAGGGCAACUACAAGUGCAUUGCCCAGAAUCUGGUCGGCACCCGGGAGUCCAGCUACGCGAAGCUGAUUGUACAGGUUAAGCCGUACUUCAUGAAGGAGCCCAAGGAUCAGUUGAUGCUCUACGGCCAGACAGCCACCUUCCACUGCUCCGUGGGCGGCGAUCCGCCGCCAAAGGUCCUCUGGAAGAAGGAGGAGGGCAACAUACCCGUGUCCCGGGCCCGCAUCCUGCACGACGAGAAGAGUCUGGAGCUGAGCAACAUUACGCCCAGCGAUGAGGGCACCUAUAUCUGCGAGGCGCAGAACAAUGUGGGUCAGAUCAGCGCCAGAGCCUCGCUCACCGUGCACGCUCCUCCAAACUUUACCCGGAAGCCCAGCAACAAGAAAGUGGGUCUCAAUGGCGUUAUUGAGUUUCCUUGCAUGGCCUCUGGCAAUCCUCCGCCUUCUGUAUUCUGGACCAAAGAGGGCGUGUCCACGCUGAUGUUCCCCAACAGUUCUCACGGCCGGCAGCAGGUCUCGUCUGAAGGAACGCUCCAGAUCAGUGAUGUCCAGCAGGAUGACGAGGGCUUCUACGUGUGCUCCGCUUUCAGUGUGGUGGACUCCUCGACAGUGCGCAUCUUCCUUCAGGUCAGCUCGUUAGACGAGCGUCCGCCGCCCAUCAUCCAAAUAGGACCCGCCAAUCAGACGUUGUCCAAAGGAUCUGUGGCCACACUGCCCUGCCGUGCCACUGGCACUCCCAAUCCCCGCAUCAAAUGGUUCCACAAUGGCUAUGCCGUGCAGCCUGGCAAUCGUCACAGCAUCAUCCAAGGCAGCUCUCUGCGCGUCGAUGAUCUCCAACUGAGCGACACUGGUCUCUACACUUGCACUGCCUCCUCGGAACGUGGCGAGACCUCCUGGUCAGCCACGCUUACCGUUGAGAAAUCAGGCGCAACAUCACUGCAUCGGGCAGCUGAUCCCAGCACAUAUCCUGCUCCACCUGGCACACCCAAAGUGCUGAAUGCCAGCCGCAGUAGUAUCUCCCUGCGAUGGGCCAAGAGCCAAGAGAAACCUGGCGCCGUCGGGCCAAUUAUUGGCUACACUGUGGAGUACUUUAGUCCGGAAUUGCAAACUGGCUGGAUUGUGGCUGCCUAUCGGGUGGCCGAUACUCAAGUCACGAUUUCGGAUUUGACGCCCGCCACUUCGUAUGUCUUCCUGGUGAGAGCGGAAAACAGCCAGGGGGUGUCUGUACCCUCGGGCCUCUCGAAUGCCAUCAAAACUAUUGGCGAGGACUUCGAUACGGCCUCGGCCAAUGACUUGUCGGCAGCUCGAACUCUGCUCACUAAAAAGUCUGUGGAGCUGAUUGAUGCCUCGCCCAUCAAUGCGAGUGCCGUACGUCUCGAUUGGAUGCUGCAUGUGAGCGCCGAAGAGAAAUAUGUGGAGGGUCUGCGCAUUCACUACAGGGAUACCAAUUCGCACUCGGCGCAGUACCAUUCCAUCACUGUGAUGGAUACCUCGGUGGAGUCGUUUGUGGUCGGGAAUCUGAAGAAGUACACCAAAUACGAGUUCUUCCUGACGCCCUUCUUCGAGACAAUCGAAGGACAGCCCAGCAACUCGAAAAUGGCCCUCACUUACGAAGACGUUCCCUCCGCUCCGCCUGAUAAUAUACAGAUCGGAAUGUAUAACCAAACAGCUGGAUGGGUACGAUGGACGCCGCCGCCUGCCCAGCACCACAAUGGCAAUCUGUACGGCUACAAAAUCGAGGUGAGCGCCGGCAACACCAUGAAGGUGCUGGCCAACAUGACGCUCAAUUCCACCACCACAUCGGUGCUGCUGAACAACCUCACCACCGGAGCCAUAUACAGUGUGCGACUGAACUGCUUUACCAAGGCAGGCGACGGGCCCUACUCCAAGCCGAUCUCGCUAUUCAUGGACCCAACGCACCAUGUGCACCCGCCGCGUGCUCAUCCCAGCGGCACUCACGAUGGCCGGCAUCAGGAGGGUCAGGACUUCACCUACCACAACGGAAUGGGUGGUAUUCAGCCCAACAGUGACACGCAUCCCACCACGCACAGAACGUCCUCGGACUAUCUGCCUGCCAUCUGGCUAAUGGUCCUGGUUGUCAUCAUACUUCUUGUCGUGGUCAUCUCCACUGCCAUAGCCAUGGUCUACUUCAAGCGGAGGCAUCAGAUGACCAAGGAUCUGGGCCACCUCAGUGUUGUAAGCGACAACGAAAUCACUGCUCUUAAUAUCAACAGCAAGGAAAGUCUGUGGAUUGAUCGCAACUGGCGUCCGACAGACACUGACAAGGACUCUGGCCUAAGCGAGUCGAAGCUGCUGUCCCAUGUCAACAGCAGCCAGUCCAAUUACAACAACUCCGAUGGAGGAACCGACUACGCCGAAGUGGAUACCCGCAACCUGACCACCUUCUACAACUGCCGCAAAAGCCCCGAUAAUCCCACGCCCUAUGCUACCACAAUGAUCAUUGGCACCUCUUCGGGUGAGAACUGCACCAAACCCACUUCCCUGAGCGCCGACAAGGACUCGGGCACACAUUCCCCCUAUUCGGAUGCGUUCGCGGGACAGGGCGCGGUCGCUCCCGUUUCAAAAUCGAGCUAUCUGCAGUAUCCAGUGGAGCACAUCAACUGGUCCGAGUUCUUGCCACCACCGCCAGAGCACCCGCCGCCAUCUUCCACCUAUGGCUACGCCCAGGGCUCACCGGAGUCGUCGCGGAAGAGCUCCAAGAGCGGAGGCUCUGGCAUUUCCACAAACCAAAGCAUCCUGAACGCCUCCAUUCACAGCAGCUCUUCCGGCGGCUUCUCAGCCUGGGGCGUUUCUCCACAAUACGCGCCCGGCUGCCCACCCGAGAACGUGUACAGCAAUCCCCUGUCAGCUGUGGGCGGCGCACAGAACCGCUACCAGAUCACGCCCACCAACCAGCACCCGCCCCAGCUGCCGGCCUACUUUGCCACCGCGGCACCUGGCGGAGGUCCCACCACGCAUAUUCAGUUCCCCACACAGCGCCAUGCCGUCAGCGAGUACCAGGCGGGCCUGAAUGCCUCGCGCUGCGCCCAGAACCGAUCCUGCAACAGCUGCGAUGCCCUGGCCUCACCCAUGCAGCCACCGCCGCCGGCUCCGGUCCCAGAGGGCUGGUAUCAGCCGGUGCAUCCCCACCCACAGGGACAUCCGAUGCAACCGACCACCUCCAGCCACCAGAUUUACCAGUGCUCCUCCGAGUGCUCGGACAACUCGCGAGCCUCGCACAGCCACAAGCGUCAGCUGCAUGCGGAGGAGCACAGCAGUGGCAAGCGCUCGGGCCACCGUCGUCAAGCCAACAACCAGUUGGUGCAGCCCUGCCUGGAGAGCGAGAACGAGAACAUGCUGGUGGACUACGAGCUGCGCGAGCGCAACUACACGAGCGACUGCUGCAACAGUUCCCGAGAGGGCGACACCUGCUCCUGCAGCGAGGGCUCCUGUCUGUACGUCGAGACAGGGGGGCAGGCUCCCCGCCACGUGACUGCUAAGAACAUUUAAAGCGGAACUAGUUGACGCCUUCCUUCCCAACGAGUCGUCAUGGGGAGACGGUAUGUGGAGGCAGAGCCAUUCCCCCGAUGGUGGAUUAGUAUUAAAUAGCAUCUAGUCUAACUUUUCAUUCAUAUCGAACUUAGUCAGCGGCUAGGCCACAGUCCUCGAGCCUGGGGCGAGCCGCUUGGACAAACUCAAAGUUUCUGCGCCAUAUUUUCCCAACUACUAUCGAAUACGAUUACGAUUACGACUACGACUAUGGAAUCAAAUACGUACGACUGCCACAACAGACACACGCAUUCAUCAUAUACAGCCACAAUCAUGGGGGCAUUGUGCAGCUUUAGCAAUUACGAAUUUUCCAUUACUACAUCCAUACAGCCUAGACAUUCAUAGACAAGCACAAUGCUCCCCCAGCAUCACCUCCCCCUCCUAGCACCCAAAAACUUUCCCAUCAUCAAAAAAAAAAAAAACGUAAUGUACUUAAGAGAUAGAUACGAGUGCUGUACGAUAGAAAUUGCUUCAGAUAGGGAUAGGCGCGAGGGCUGCUACCCUUCAAAAUAGAGUUCGGAACCCAUCUCAGUGUGAACAGAUCUUCAAGAAAUACGUACUCAAGAGAAAUUAUUGAGCAAUUAAAACAGAUCAGGCCAUAGAACACACAUAGUACACAACUGAGCAAGGACUCAGAAGAAUGUAGUUAGAGCCAGAGUGCAUAUGCUUAGAUAAAUGUACACAUAUGUACAGCAUGUUUUUGGUCCUAGUCAUAGGCUUGAUACGAAUACCGAUACUGAAUACUGACUACGAUAUAGUAUGUACGUACAUGUAUUCAAAACUCUUUCAUAUCUACGAUCACAAUCGAAUACUACUUGUCUCCGCCUCUGACUUGUCAUGAGGAAUAGUGGAGAAGGCAGACAAGUGAAACGGCAGUUGCAAUGUUUAAUGGUUAGUGCUUUUCUAUAAAAGGAAAAAAAAAGUAAUAUACUUCACAAAUACGGUGGUGACUUGACCCAGUGAAUAUAUCUAUAGAUAUAUACAUACAUACAUACUAAACUACACAUAUACAAUACAAUACACGACUACUUAUAUAGCAUUUAGCCAAGUUUAGGACCUGCACACGGCUAACUCAGAGCUACUCCCCAGUUUUCCGUUCCGUUGUCCAGGUUCCGCUGUGCAGAUCCCCCCUCCAUGACAUACAUUUUCUACAAUCUUGCAUUUUGAAAAAAGUAAAAGUCUAAAAUGUACCUGUGAUAUAACCCCAUUAUAGUAUUUUAAACCCUUUUAAUUUUUAAUUAUGUACGCCUUUUUGAGUUUUGAUUUUGAAGUUUUUAGUUUUAUAUUUUGUUUUGGUUCGAACAACGAGAAAUGUUUGUUGGAAAACCCGCGCACACAUGCAAACAGACAUACAGACAGAUUGAUAGACGAUGAGUGAGGUUUUUUUUGGGAGAAUUUAGCAUAAUUUAGAACUUAGACACGUACCACAUUAGAAAUUCAAAAUGGAUAAUACGAAAAUCAUCAAAUUGAAUCCAUCGAAGCCAAGAGAAAUGCUCAGAGAGGCCCCAAACACUUUUCGAAUAGCCCAAAACGCGUGAGCUGAAUGGAGAUCGGAAUAGGGAGGGAUUGUUUGGGCUCUUGGAAAAGUGUUUAGAGCCGAUUGGAAUUGGAUAUAUGACGGAUAUCCAUUUGGACUUGAGUCAACGAAACGUUUAAACAAUAUUGCACACACACACACACAUACACAUACACAUAUGCAUUACUUAUAGCUACGUAUAUAUAGAGAUCAUAUAGCACCUAGAACCGCGCAUGUAUCAAAUCAAAUCAAAAUAUGCUAUAGCAUACACACCACACCCCCAAACACAAAUCCACUUCCUUGCUAGCCAGCCCGGAUCGGCGAGGCAUGUACAUAUAUAUUAUAUAUAUAUAUACAUAUACAUACAUAAUAUAUACAUACUCCUACACGUUAUAUCGAAUCCAACUUGCUUUGAGUUGUACUGCCCUUCCGUAGCCAUAUUUAGAGACGAAGCACAGUUGGGUCUGGGUUUUAAUAAUUAGCAUUUAGAUUCUAGAGUAUUUUAAAGUCAUAGCGUAAACGAAUUUUAAGAACGAACGUAACCCAAAAACGAAAUCGAAACACGAAGUCGAAUCGAAAGCGACAUUUAAUUUUUAGUGCGUAAUGCCAUAAACAAACUCUUCUAAAUGCAAAAAAAAACACACACAGAAAACUGAAAUAUACUUAACAUUUGAAUACGAGUAUAUCUACAUAUGUAGAUAUAUUACAUAUAGCAUUUAAAACUACAUCAACAAUAAAGGAACAUUUUACAUAUAAA